GCUCUUCCCGUGUGUUUGUCGUCCUUUAGGUCAUUCUGGGAACCGAAGGCUUUAAAAAAACCCGAACAAAACCAAACAAAAACACCAAACGCACACACAAAACCCCCUAACCCCCAAACUUUUUCCGUCCUCCCUGGCUUUUCAGUGUGUGUGUCCCCCUCAUCACUGUCCCCUUUUAAUUUUUUCAAGCCAUCUUGGUGGGGGUGGGGGAAGGAGAAGGAAAGAGAAAAAAAGAGCUCCAAGGCUCCAAAUGUUUCCUUUUUCUGGUCCUCUCCCCUCCCACCUUCACGCUUCCCACUCUUAAAAAAAGAGCCGAAUGUAUUUUUUUCUGUUCCUUUUUAAUUUUAAAAUUGCUGGGGUUUGGUUGGUUUUUGGUUUUGUUUUUUCUUUUUUCUUACUGAAGAAGAAGGGAAAAGAGGAGCUUUCCUAGAGACUGGAAGCAGACAAAGUUGUUUCGGGCGGCAGCCGCGAGGCUGGUGGCAAUUAGUUUUAUCCUUGCCGAGGGGACAGACAGACAGGCAGGGGGUGACACAGCUUUUAGUCCGGUGCAGAGCUGAUGGGUGGGAGCAAAGGUAAAGAAUGAUGUAUUGCAGCAGUAGGCAGAAAGCGUCUUUUGUCUGAAUUGUGGAAUGGCUGCUCCAUAGUCAUGUCCUGAUGAAUCAGAUGUGAGGGGCUGCUUCAUAACGGCACAUCAGCUGGAAGCAGGAGAAGACAUUCAGUUGAAGAGCUCUCUCCGAAAAUGGAUUUAACUUUUCUUUUGCCAGUCACUACCAGCAUGACCUCAUACAUUUCUAGUACAAUGGUGUGGCUAAGCCUUUGAGCACACAGCUAUUACAUCAUAGCAGCAAAUUAGAGAGGGAGGUGGUGAAAGAGGCCUUAUUGUUGUCAUGGCCGAUGAGAUGAUCAGGACUCAACUCAUUGUCACUGAGAAGUUGGUGGCUUUGCUGGAGAGUGGUACAGAAAAGUUGCUGCUGAUUGAUAGCCGCCCCUUUGUGGAAUACAAUACGUCCCACAUCUUGGAUGCCAUCAACAUCAACUGUUCCAAGCUUAUGAAGCGGAGGCUGCAGCAGGACAAAGUUUUGAUUACGGAGCUCAUUCAACAUUCAGCAAAACACAAGAUUGAAAUUGAUUACAAGCAGGAAGUGGUGGUGUAUGACCAAAGCUCUAAAGAUGUGACCUCUCUCUCAUCUGACUGCUUUCUUACUGUGCUCCUGGGCAAACUGGAAAAGAAUUUCAGCUCUGUGUAUCUGCUUUCAGGUGGAUUUGCUGAGUUCUCCAGCUCUUUUCCUGGUCUCUGUGAAGGAAAAUCCACACUCAUCCCUACUUGCAUUUCUCAACCUUGCCUACCCGUGUCCAACAUUGGCCCAACUAGAAUACUGCCUCAUCUCUAUCUUGGGUGUCAACGAGAUGUCCUCAACAAGGAGCUGAUGCAGCAGAACGAUAUUGGCUACGUACUGAAUGCCAGCAAUACUUGUCCGAAGCCUGAUUUUAUUCCAGAAUCCCAUUUCCUCAGAGUGCCUGUGAAUGACAGCUUUUGUGAGAAAAUUUUGCCUUGGUUGGAUAAAUCAGUCGAUUUUAUAGAAAAAGCAAAAGCAUCAAAUGGCCAUGUGUUAGUGCACUGUUUAGCUGGGAUAUCUCGCUCUGCCACAAUUGCUAUUGCCUAUAUCAUGAAGAGAAUGGAUAUGUCCUUAGAUGAAGCUUACAGAUUUGUGAAAGAAAAGAGGCCGACUAUUUCUCCCAACUUCAAUUUCCUGGGCCAGCUUUUGGACUUUGAGAAAAAGAUAAAAAACCAGACCGGUCAGCCUGGACAUAUUAGUAAGUUGAAACUUCUGCAUUUGGAAAAAAGCAGCGAGCACGUGCAGGUCCCGGAAGGAGGGCAGAGCAGCCUCUCCAUGAAGCAGCUCUGCAUCACUGCUACCUCUGAGAUUGUGGAACAGAAACCCACGGACUGUGGCAGUGCCCCACGUGGGCACCUGUCCCCUCUGGAAGAUGGCCCACUGGUGCAGGGCAUAAAUGGACUGCACGUCUCCCUGGAUAAGGUGGAAGACAGCAACCGGCUGAAGCGCUCUUUUUCUUUGGAUAUCAAAUCUGUGUCCUACUCAUCAAGCAGCAACUGUGUGACUGCGUCGGUUCAGGGCUUUGCCUCCUCUGAAGACACCCUGGAAUACUACAAACAUACAACUGCUUUAGAGGGUAGCAGCAAGUUGUGUCAGUUCUCACCUGUCCAGGAAGUGUCAGAGCAGACCCCAGAAACCAGCCCUGACAAAGAGGAAGCAAACCCUCCCAAAAAAUCCCAGAACACGUGGCAGCUGGAUAGCCAGGGCAAACGGCAACAUCUGGGGAGAGCCAGUGGCAGUGCCACCACUCAGCGGUCGCUCCUGUACCCCCUCCACCGGAGUGGGAGCAUGGAAGACAACUACCGAACGAACUUCUUGUUUGGUCUCUCCACCAGCCAGCAGCAUUUGGCAAAGUCUGCUGCUGGGCUGGGCCUCAAAGGCUGGCACUCGGACAUCUUGGCUCCUCAGACAUCGGCUACAUCCCUGACCAACAGCUGGUAUUUUGCAGCCGAGUCCUCACAUUUCUACUCUGCCUCAGCCAUCUACGGGAACAGCGCCGCUUACUCUGCCUACAGCUGCAGCCAGCUGCCCACGGGCUGCGAGCAGGCCUGCGCUGUGCGCAGGAGGGCAAAGCAGGGGGACCGAGGGGACUCCAGGAGGAGCUGGCACGAGGAAAGCUCUUUUGAAAAGCAGUUUAAGCGCAGAAGCUGCCAGAUGGAGUUUGGGGAGAGCAUCAUGUCAGACAAUAGAUCCAGAGAAGAACUGGGGAAAGUAGGCAGUCAGUCAAGUUUUUCAGGCAGCAUGGAAAUCAUUGAAGUGUCCUGAGGGGCAGCAGGCUUGUGUGACUGUAUCAGAGUUGCUUCCCUCUCCAGGCUGCUCCCCCAGCAUUUGAGAGAUCCCUGUAAAUCUGAAACUGUGUGUAAAAAGGUGUGGGGGGAGGGAAGAACCUUGAGGCUUCAGUGUGAAUGCAGCAAAAGGUUAGUGCCGCAAAGAAAUGACGGGCAAGCGUCUGCCCGAGGACACCAGAUGUACCACUGGGUUUUUCUCCUCUCCUCUCCUGAAGAAGGGCAGAACACUUCAAAGGUCUUUCUCUGAUAGAGGAAGCAAUUGUAUGCAAUGGAUUGCACAGCAUUUCAGUGGGUUUUAUAAAGGAAUCUCUCUUGGCAUCAACCUUGCUCUGGUUCCACUGAAACACGUUCCUACCUGUCAAAACUAGUUUUGUUCUCCCCUCCUCAUGCCCCAUAUGUUCACCAGUGCACCUUAGCCCUGACACUGAGCCAACCUCUGGAGGGAGACCUUUUUUCUGUAAGAAAGGAGACUGGGAGCAAUUCCAAAGGACAUAGGGACUGGUUACAGCAAAGCUUCUCUGAACACACAUUUCAGACAAAUGUAAAUACUGGUGUAACUAUUGUUCUAAUGGAUAGGCUUUAAGUGAUUUGCUAGAGAGCUGCUUCAGAGAAAAAAAAACAGUACCUCAAAAAUAUAAAAAACAAACUAGGGCUUUAUGGCUGCCACAUGCUGGUAGUCAGUUCAUCAGCAAUGUGAACAAGUAACAACUAGCCACAUUUGAUUUUUUUUUUUAAAGCUGUCUACGCACAAGUGUUUCAAUUGGUUCAGCAGCAAUGCCUAAAAGAAGAUGAAUGAACCAUACUUAGGACUGUUUCCCCCAGUCUUUUGACACAGUAUUCGUAUUUUUUAUAUUAAGCUGGCUUCUGGGAGAGGGGUAGUUGCUUUGGCUUCUAAGCUGUAAUGGAGUGGUUGAUAGGUAGGAUUACAUGCAAGAGAAGUGGCUGCUACAAGUGGCCACAACAUGCUUUUCUUGCCAGUUAAUAAUUCAAUAGGAGGCUCUUGAAGGCUUUUUUGGUUUGGGGUUUUUUGUUUUGUUUUUGUUUUGUUUUGUUUGGGGUUUUUUUGUGGUUUUUAAGAUAAAAAUGGGGUAGGCUUUUAUCCUUAACUGAGCAGUACCACUGAGGAACUGCUCUUCAUUGAUGGUCCCAGUCCUACAUGGGGUGGGGGCAAUGCAGGUAGUUGGGUUUUAUUCCAUUCCAACAUGGAUUGAGACUGGCUUCUCAUUAGUUUUGCUGACUUCAUCAGAUAAAGGGAAGUCUGGCUGGCUGCCCAAGGAAAACAGAAGGGGGCUCCAGUGUCCCAUCUCAUAGUGUGUGUGAAGGAAAGGGGGUUUGAGAAGGGACAGCUUUCCAUUAAGGGAAGCCACUCCCCUCCCACGCUCACAGCUUCAGAGGAACUCGAUUCUGGCCAUUGUUCUCUGUCCCAGUGUAGGGUCUUGGUUUCCCAGCAUGCUGAUGUGUGAUUUGUCUGCAGAGGCUCAAGGCUGUACCGUGUCCUCCCUCAUCACUCCAGAGAAGAUGCCAACGUGAGGAGGUGCCACAUCCCUGCUGCCAAGGGGUUGUUUCACUGAAGAUUAGGCACAGCCCUUCUCAUGUUGUUUUUGACAGCAACCCAGCUGCUUCCCCUCCAGCUCCCAUUCCUGCGGUAGCUGGGCUGCCCUGCUCACGUUGGUUCACGUGCCCACGUUGCUGCAAGAGAUUUGAGGUCAGUGAAGGGUGGUACCAGAGGCACUGUGUAAAGCUUCAUCCUUCAGGCUCUGAGGGAAGCUGCACAUGUCUUACCUCGGUCUUUCCCAGCUUCCCCUCAGAAAAUGUGUAUUGAGGGGAAACUAUAUUUUUUUUGUCCCAUUUCAGUGCAGGCAGCUGAAAAUUGUACAUCACAUGUAACAAACACUUAAACCCUGGCCAACAGCUUUAAAAAAAAAUUUUCAGCAGCAACCUGAAGCCCUAAUUCAAGUGAGCAGCUUGGAUUAUUUUAGGGGUUUUUUACUGUAAGUUUAGCUAGUUUGUGACUCAAAUCUCAGGUUUUACUAUAUUGAAAAGUGGAGAAGAUUUUGUCAUUGAUAUGUUUUGUGGCUAGGAUGUGACUUUAAUUUCCUACGGUGGACUGUUGAAAAUAGCACUGAAAGCUACAGCAUUGAUUAACUUGAUCCUGAAAAGUGCAAAAGGCACAGACAGAGACAGCACCAGGAGGCUCUGUUUGGGCCGUGUGUACGAGAUACUGGAAGAAGAGGUAGCCCAGGCAAGGGACAGGUUGACAUCACACAUAUCAGGUGUUCAUUAAACAUACUGGCACUUGUCUCUGUAUCAGGUGAAAACAAUUACAUUACAACUCUUUUCAGCAUAUAUAUACACAUACUCUGUGUGUAUAUACCUAUGUAAACAGUUUAACAGUGCUUCCUCCAGGAAAAGCCCAUGUCUGUGAUUUAAACCAGUUAAUGGGGGUUAACACAUAUCAAUCCCUGAAGACAGAAACAGAUUCUUCCUAUCUUUUGUGCUCCUUCAGACAUGUGUGUUCCCCCCUUCUCUAUGUUUGGGUUUUGGGUCUUCUCCUGUGUUUGGGGUUUGUUUGCUUGAUUGCCCUCUGAGGAACUGAAAUCUGGUCUUGUGGCUCCUUGUGAUUUCCAGUACACUCUAGUCCCGGAAUGAAUCAAAGCUGUAGGCUUGGUAUCUUCAGGGGAUAAGUCCCCAUAGGAGGAAGCCUUAACCCCAUGUCCCACACAGGGUGGUGCCCUGGCUCCUAUCUGAACUAGAGUCCUGUCCCUGAACAAUACUGGAAAUGGUUUGUAGAAGUCUGGAAGGCAAAGUGGAGGAUGUGAGAGGGGAAAUGUGUACAUGUUCAAUAUGAAUAUAAUCUAUCGCCAUUGGUGUAUGGCAUACUUGGCAUAUUUGGUUUAUGGCAAGCUGUUCAAAUGGUUCAGAGAGAUGUGAGUUUCUCAGCUUGUUGUGUCAUGAGAAUUACCUGUAUGUAUGACGAAAUAAAAUCAGAAAUGGUACCUGUUUA